AUGGGUGCUGAGAAGGAGGUGCUGGUCACACUGUCAGGGGGAGCCCCCUGGGGCUUCCGACUUCAGGGGGGGGCCGAGCAGAGGAAGCCCUUACAGGUGUCCAAGAUCCGGAGACGGAGCCAGGCUGGCAGAGCAGGACUCCGAGAGAGGGACCAGCUUUUGGCCAUCAAUGGGGUCUCCUGCACCAGCCUCUCCCAUGCCAGUGCCAUGAGCCUCAUCGAUGCCUCAGGGACUCAACUUGUCCUCACUGUGCAGAGGGCAGAGGAUGACGGGCCUGUGCGCUCUCCAUCCCCUGUUGAGCUUCAGGUGCUGUCACCUUUGUCUCCGAUGAGUCCUGAGCCCCCAGGUGCUCCAGUUCCCCAGCCUCUUCAGCCUGGGAGCCUCCUCUCACCCCCGGAUAGUGAGGCCUACUAUGGAGAAACAGACAGUGAUGCCGAUGGCCCUGCCACCCAGGAGAAGCCCCGCCGCCCCCGCCGCCGAGGCCCCACGAGGCCCACCCCUCCGGGAGCCCCACCUGACGAGGUCUACCUGUCUGACAGCCCUGCGGAGCCGGCACCCGCUACCUCUGGCCCUUCCAACCAGGGUGACAGCCGUGUGAGCUCCCCAUCUUCGGAGAGUGGGGCAACCCUUAAGCCUUCCCCAGGCGAGGCCCUGCUGUUGCCCCAUGGUACCCUCCGGCCCGGCCCUCAUCUCAUCCCUAUGGUGGGGCCUGUUUCCCACCCCGUGGCGGAAGAUCUUACUACCACCUACGCCCAGAAGGCCAAGCAAGCCAAGCUGCAGCGGGCAGAGAGCCUCCAGGAGAAGAGCGUGAAGGAGGCCAAGACCAAAUGCCGGACGAUCGCGUCCCUGCUGACCGCGGCCCCCAACCCCCACUCCAAGGGGGUGCUCAUGUUUAAGAAAAGGCGGCAGAGGGCCAAGAAGUACACCUUGGUGAGCUUCGGGUCUGCGGCGGGGACCGGCGCCCAGGAGGAGGAGGAGGAGGAGGACGGGGUCCCGCCCACGAGCGAAUCCGAGCUGGACGAGGAGGCCUUCUCCGACGCCCGCAGCCUCACCAACCAGUCCGACUGGGACAGCCCCUACCUGGACAUGGAGCUGGCCAGGCCGGGCCCGGACCCGGGGCUGGGGGGGCAGCUGAGCGAGGCGGCGGGGAGAGGGGUCCGGCUCUUCGAGCAGCAGCGCCAGCGCGCGGCCUCCAGCGCCCGGGAGCCGGCGGGGGACGGGCCCGCGACCGCGCUCAACGGGGGGACCCCCCAGGCCCCCCCAAGGGCCCCGCAGUCCCCCCCAAGGGCCCAGAGCGCUCCCCCCGAGGCGGCCGGGCUCCCCCAGUCCGGGCUCCCCGCGUCGCCAGGCCCCUUCGCGGGCCCUAGACCCUUCCCCGCAGGCGGCGGAGCCCCGGCCCCAUCGCCCAGCAUCUUCAACCGCUCAGCCCGGCCCUUCACCCCGGGCUUCCAGGCGCAGCGGCCGGGCACCUCCUCCGUUAUCUUCCGGCCCGUGGCCCCCAAGAGGGCGAGUGAAAGCCUGGGCGGCCUCAGCCCCGCUCCCCCGCCUUUCCUGGCCUCCCCUCCGGGGCCCGCCCCGCUGCCCAGCUUCACCCCGGGGGUCCCCGGCUUCACCCCAGGGGUUCCCAGCUUCACCCCGGGGGUUCCCAGCCACCUGCCGGCCUCCAGCUCCCCCGGCGCCCCCCGCUCUGCGGGCCCCUUGACGGCCACCAGCUCCCUGUACAUCCCGGCCCCCAAUCGUCCCGUUACGCCAGGCGGCACCCCCGAGCCCCCCGCCCCCUCUGGCACCGCGGCCAUGACCUCAACUGCUUCCAUCUUUCUGUCGUCGCCUCUGCGACCCGGCCCCGCCGCCCCCGGCCCCGCCGCCCCCGGGCCCCCCGCCCCCGGCCCCGCCGCCCCCGGGCCCCCCGCCCCCGGCCCCGCCGCCCCCGAGCCCCCCAGCGCCCGGGAGCAGCGCAUCUCGGUGCCGGCCGCUCGCACCGGCAUCCUCCAGGAGGCCCGGCGCCGGGGCACUCGGAAGCAGAUGUUCCGGCCGGGGAACGAGGAGACGAAGAACUCGCCCAACCCCGAGCUGCUGUCGCUGGUGCAGAACCUGGACGAGAAGCCCCGGGCCGGGGGCGCGGAGUCCGGCCCCGAGGAGGAUGCGCUGAGCCUGGGCGCCGAAGCCUGCAACUUCAUGCAGCCGCCAGGGGGCAGGAGCCACAAGACCCCGCCGCACGGGACGCCCAAGACCCCGCCCCCGGUGGCCCCCAAGACCCCGCCCCCCGUGGCUCCCAAGACUCCGCCCCCCGUGGCUCCUAAGCCCUCCUCUCGGGGGUUCCCCGAAGGGCUAGUGAAUGGGGCAGCAGCCCCUCCCGCUGGGAUCCCCGAGCCGCCAAGGCUCCAGGGCAGGGGUGGGGAGCUGUUUGCCAAGCGGCAGAGCCGAGCGGACCGGUACGUGGUGGAGGCCACACCUAGUCCUGGCCUCGGCCUUGGCUUUGGCCCUGGCCCUCGGCCCCGGAGCCCUUCUCCCACUCCCUCGCUGCCCCCUUCCUGGAAAUACUCACCCAACAUCCGCGCCCCGCCUCCCAUUGCUUACAACCCGCUGCUCUCCCCUUACUUCCCGCAGGCCGCCCGAACUCUCCCCAGUAAGGCCCAGUCCCAGGGGCCGCGAGCAGCCCCCAAGCAGGGCAUCAAGGCUCUGGAUUUCAUGCGGCACCAGCCCUACCAACUGAAAACUGCCAUGUUCUGUUUUGACGAGGCUCCCCAGACUCCCGGUCCCACCUCCUCAGGGCCUCCCAAAACUGCCCGAGUCCAGGAGGUCCGCCGGUUUUCCACUCCAGCACCGCAACCCACCGCAGAACCCCUGGCUCCCACGGUGCUGGCCCCCAGAGCAGCCACUACAUUGGACGAGCCCAUCUGGAGGGCGGAGCUGGCCUCAGUCCCUGUCCUUAGCCCAGCCCCUCCUCCUCCAGAGUCUCCCAGGGGUCUUGGGACCUCACCCAGCUCCUGUGGCUUCCAGGUAGCCAGGCCCCGGUUUUCCGCCACCAAAACGGGAUUGCAGGCUCAGGUGUGGAGGCCCGGUGCAGGCCACCACUGA